AUUCUGGGUACUUAACCAGCCAGGAGCUCCCAGGGAACAGAGGAAAGUCCUACCAUAGCAGAUUCCGAAGCCUUAGCAUUGUGUUCCCUGUACUCUCUCACAUGAAUGUGAAUCUGGCUGACCAGCAUGAUUUGAAAGAUCAUCCUGGAGGGGAGGCCAGCCCGGUACCAGGAAUCCCCAGAGAGGAGCCAGGAGGCGGGCCAGAGAUAGUCCAGUACCGGGAGCAAUUCAACUUUCCCGAUGGUGGCUGGACCUUUCCAAGGUGGGGAAAGCGUGGGUGUAUCUUGUUCAUGACCAUUGGGCUGAUGGCUGGGAUAGGCGUUGGGAUCUGGCUUCUAGUUCUGCUUUUCAAGACAUGCCUUGUUGAGGACCUGCAACAAAAGAACAUCAUGAGCUGUACAGAGAACCCCCACCCAACGGUCUCUAAGUCAGUAUCUUUCAGAAUAAACACCAGAAACUUCUUACUGGAAGUGCAGGUGAGGACGUGGCCAGGCUGGCUUUUGGUAUGCUAUGAGGGCUGGAGUCCUGCCCUAGGCACCCAGAUUUGUAGACACCUCGGGCAUCUCAGACUCACUCACCACGAAGGAGUGAACUUGACUGAGAUCAAGGUCAACAAUUCUCAGGAGUUUGUUCAGCUUCUUCCCAGAUUGGGUGAUGACCUGGAGCAGAUGUGGCAGCGCAGGUAGGGGAGCUAAAACAGCUGUGCCUUGGGCCAAGUUGUCUCCCUCAAAUGCUCAGCAUGUGGGGUCCAGCACCUGACUUCCCGGAUUAUCGGUGGGACCUCUGCUGUCCUUGGGCGCUGGCCCUGGAGGUCAGCAUGUUCAAGGGGCCAGUACUCAUGUGGAGGCUCUGUGCUAGCCCCGAGUUGGGUGGUGACUGCAGCUCACUGCGUCUACAGGCUGUCCCACAUGUCCAGCUGGAGGGUCUUUGUGGGGAUUGUCAACCACAGUGACAUCAUGCCACAUAUGGGGGCCACGGUGGAAAAUAUCAUCUUGCACCCCCGCUUUAGAAUCCGCAAGCAGAGACACGACUAUGACAUUGCUCUACUCAAGCUCCAGACCCCACUGAACUUCUCUGACACGGUGAGGGCUGUGUGCCUGCCAGAAAUGAAGCAGGAUUUCCCACAGGGCUCCAAAUGCUGGGUGUCAGGCUGGGGCUCCACAGCCCCUCAUCAAGCGUAUGGCUCAGACACCCUCCAGAGCUUGGUCCCCCUGAUCAGCUCCCAGCUCUGCAACAGCUCCUGCAUGUACAAAGGCAUGAUCACUCCUCAGAUGCUCUGCGCUGGCUACCUGGAUGGGCACGCUGAUGCAUGCCAGGGAGACAGUGGAGGCCCCCUGGUGUGUCUGGACCGAGGGAUGUGGCGCUUGGUGGGCAUGGUGAGCUGGGGCUGGGAUUGUGGGAAGCGCCACAGGCCAGGAGUCUAUACCAAAGUGGCUGUGUUCUUGGACUGGAUUCACCAUCAAAUGGGGGUGAGUGGGGAAGUGGGGGGGAUAGGAUGGCCUCUAGGGACCUUAGGAGCCUUGGAACUUCUCAUGUGUGCCCAUUUUCUGUUGGAAGAUGGGAAGGAGACCAGGAAAUGCAUCACUGAGUAGGGUGGAGGCACUGGGGAUAGGGCGAUGAGGCAUCUAGAAUGGCAUUCCAUGGAUUA